AAAGAGAUAGCAUGGAGUGAAAUUUGUGAACAAUAUAAUCAGUCAACACUAAUCUGUCAAGAGAGAACUGUGCAGCAAUUAAAAAAAUUAUGGACUAAUUUAAAGCAAGCUCAAAGAGAUGCCUUGACUAAGGAAAGGCAAUCACGUCUAGCAACUGGUGGAGGACCGCAGGAAAUAGAAGCAAAUAUUGAUCCUGAUAUUCUUAAUAUUGCACCGCAUCUGAUGACAAAUGCACCAGUAUUAUUCUCAUCAAAC